ACGCCUGGGUCCCCCGCGGUGUCCCCUCCCCCCGCCGGACGCCUGGGUCCCGAACUUGUCCCUGGUCCCUUGGGGGGGAGGGGGGGCUGGGGGGGCUUGGGCAUAAAUAGCCCCUGGGGACCCUCCAGGGGGCAGGACCCAGCGGAACCAGCGCAACCAUGUCCAUCCAGAAAAUCGUGGCCCGGGAGAUCCUGGACUCGCGGGGAAACCCCACGGUGGAGGUGGAUCUGCACACGGCCAAGGGGCGCUUUCGCGCCGCCGUCCCCAGCGGCGCCUCCACCGGGAUCCACGAGGCCCUGGAGCUGCGGGACGGGGACAAGAGCCGCUACCUGGGCAAAGGCGUCCUCAAGGCCGUUGAGCACAUCAACAAGACCAUCGGCCCCGCGCUGCUGGAGAAGAAAAUCAGUGUGGUGGAGCAGGAGAAGAUCGACAAGCUCAUGAUCGACCUGGACGGCACCGAGAACAAAUCCAAGUUCGGGGCGAACGCCAUCCUGGGCGUCUCAUUGGCCGUUUGCAAGGCGGGCGCGGCCGAGAAGGGCGUCCCCCUGUACCGGCACAUCGCGGACCUCGCCGGCAACGCCGAGCUCAUCCUGCCCGUGCCGGCCUUCAACGUGAUCAACGGGGGCUCGCACGCGGGGAACAAGCUGGCGAUGCAGGAGUUCAUGGUGCUGCCGGUGGGCGCGUCCUCGUUCCGCGACGCCAUGCGCAUCGGCGCCGAGGUCUACCACAGCCUCAAGGGCGUCAUCAAGGCCAAGUACGGCAAGGACGCCACCAACGUGGGCGACGAGGGCGGCUUCGCGCCCAACAUCCUGGAGAACAACGAAGCGCUGGAGCUGCUCAAGGCCGCCAUCGGGCAGGCCGGCUACCCCGACAAGGUGGUGAUCGGCAUGGACGUGGCGGCCUCCGAGUUCUGCCGGGACGGCAAGUACGACCUGGACUUCAAAUCCCCCCCGGACCCCAAGCGGCUCAUCGGGGAGCAGCUGGGGCAGCUCUACCAGAGCUUCAUCAAGGACUACCCGGUGGUGUCCAUCGAGGACCCGUUUGACCAGGACGACUGGGAGGGCUGGCGCCGCUUCCUGGGCCAGGUGGGGAUCCAGGUGGUCGGGGACGACCUGACGGUGACGAACCCCAAACGCAUCCAGCGCGCGGCCGAGCUCGGCGCCUGCAACUGCCUGCUGCUCAAGGUCAACCAGAUCGGCUCCGUCACCGAGUCCAUCCAGGCGUGCAAGCUGGCGCAGAGCCACGGCUGGGGGGUGAUGGUGAGUCACCGCUCCGGCGAGACGGAGGACACGUUCAUCGCCGACCUGGUGGUGGGACUGUGCACGGGGCAGAUCAAGACGGGCGCCCCCUGUCGCUCCGAGCGCUUGGCCAAGUACAACCAGCUCAUGAGGAUCGAGGAAGAACUUGGGGACAAGGCCAAGUUCGCCGGACGCAAAUUCCGCAACCCCCGCGCCAAGUAGGACCCGCGGGGCCACCGAGACCCCUCCGGGGCCACCGACCCCCUGGGGCCACCAAGACCCCUCUGGGGCCACCGAGACACCCCCGAGGACACCGACCCCCUGGGGCCACCGAGACCCCCCCCCCAAUAAAGCUCUGGAACACGCUU